AUGAACCCACACCAGCAGAACAAGAUUGAUAUCAACUCACUGAGUCCAGAUGAGCAACGUCUCUUGCGGAUGUAUGGCAAGAUGCCAAACAAGAAGGACCUCCUACAAAACAAGCUCAAGGAACGGAAAUACUUUGACUCAGGGGAUUAUGCCUUGAGCAAAGCAGGAAAGGCCUCUGAUGUUACAACCAUUGGUUCUCGUCACCCGCUUCCGGAGAAUAUUCCACAUCUCACUGCCUCCUCUCCUCCCCAAGUUAACGCCACGCCCAACCAUUUCAACGGACAUGCACCAACGCACUCCCACUCUGGAGGAACCAAUAAUGGAAUGUCUCCGGGUAUGAGUCGCAGCCCCAUAAAGGAGGGAAGCUUUCUCCAACGACAGGCCAGCAUGGAGGACAGCAACGCCAAUGACGAGUGUUCAAAUAACAAAGAUGUGAGCCAGGCGCGCGGCGGAACAAAGGAAUCCCCAAACGUCUCGAGGGAUCCAGUGCCUGAGCGUCUAAGGGAAGACACAAGUGACUCUUCACCGCGGAUGAGCGAGAUCCCUAUUCGAAGAUAA